CGAGUGUCAACUUCUUCAAACAAAUUUAAAUGCUCUGUUUGCAAUUACAAAGCAGCUCAGGCACAAGACGUAGAACACCACGAGUCAAAAUUUCACUCUAGCUCAAAUAAAAAGUACAAUUGCUCAAAAUGUACUGAGACUUUUAGCAGUAAAGUAAGCCUAAGUGACCAUAUUUUAAGAAUACACAAAUUUAGGAAAUGCCCCACUUGUGAAUUGCAAAUACCGUUUAGUCAGUUUGACAAUCAUUUACAACGAUCUAGAUGCGGAAAAUGCAAUGCUAAUUUUAAAUGUAGUGGUGAUCGUCAAAAGCACCAGCAGAAUUGCAAACCUGUUAUUCAGAAAUGUGAGAUUUGUUCCAAGGUUUUCAAAUUCAAGCAUUUGCUUGGCUACCACAUGAACGAAGAGCAUGCAGGCGUCAAAAUGAUAAAAGGCGCUCGUUUCCGAAAUCGUGGAUUUGAAUGCAAAAUUUGUACAAAUUAUUAUUUCAAAAACCGAAAAUCUCUAGACAUGCACAUUAAAAUUAAGCAUUCUGGUAAUCAUCAAAAGCUUCAAUGCGCCCAUUGCAGCAAAAAAUUUGCUUUUAAAUAUUCUCUCAGCAAACACUUACAAAAUACACACAAUUUAGCUGUCAAGAAAUUUAGGUGUGAACCUUGCAACAAGCAUUUUUUUCAUAACAGCUAUUUAAAAAGUCACAUUAUGAAAGUUCAUUCCAAAGAAAGAAUAACGUGUGAAUUCUGCGACAAAAUACUAAAAACAUUACAAUUAAAGAAUCACUUGAGGAAAUUCCAUGGGAAAUAUUGAUUUUUGAAGGUUUGCUCAGAAAAAUUCUGCAUUUUUGUAAAAUUGAAAUUGUGGCAUUUACAAAACAAUAGUCGAUAAUAGUUGAUUUUGGUCAUUUAGUUGCAAAGGAAAUUUAUUGGGUUUAUGAACAAGGACAACUUUGCCCCGCAUGCGAACUCGACCAAAUUAAAUUACAUAAUUUAAUGCACAUUUGAAAAAAUAUCAUUUAUUUCUGCAUUUGACAAAACAAAAAAUCAUUUUAAUUUCUCUAUUAUAUAUUUCCAUUACUUUUUUUACGAGAUUAAAACUAGGUAAGGGAUUUAUAAUGAUAAUGAUGAUCAUUAGGAACCGUUAUUUUGUUUGAAAAAAAAAAUUCUUAACGUGUCUUGUUCGAAUUGAGUGAUUCAAAUUUAUAAUUGAUUGUUUUGAUUAAUUUUUUUCUAGAGAAAACUGUACAUUAAAAAAUUUAAUGAUAAACAAAAUUUACCAAAAUAAAAGUGUUUCUGGCGACCGUAUAAUAAUAUUGGAUGAACCAUUCUGAUCAUAUUGAGCCACCUUUUACGACAAGUUAUUUUUUUCUCAAUCUCAUCCAGAAACCCUCGUAGAGUAAAAACAGUUUCAUUGCCGAAAUAGAUACAUGAUAUUUGAUUCUUCAGCUGUAAUAGGUGAUUUAAAAUCACUGAUUUUGGAAGAAAAAAGCAAUUAGUUGCUAAUUUUUUGUGUAAUUUUGUAUGUUUGAGCCUGUAAAAUUUUAGUAUUGAAUCUUUAUUCAAUAUCAAGUUUUUUUUUGUAUCGAUUCUGAAUAAUUAUAGUUUUCUUUCAAUAAUUCAUGGUGCUAAAAUCUAAAAUUAAUUAGUUAAAAUUGUGAACCAGUGUGGUUUUGUUGUGUG